AUGAUAUUUGAUAAGAUAAUAAAGCAUGUUCGCUAUCAAUCGAAGGUAGUAUCUCGCCGAUGGAAUUCUAGUCAAAUUUCUGGCAAAGGACCUACUGGUAUUGUCUUUAUGAAUAUGGGAGGUCCUUCAAGCGUGAAAGAAACAUAUGACUUUUUAUUUAGGUUAUUCUCAGACCGGGACUUGAUCCCCUUGGGUCCAUUUCAAAAAUUUAUUGCAAAGCUUAUUGCCAAAAGACGUACCCCAAGCAUUGAAAAAAACUAUCGUGAUAUUGGAGGAGGAUCACCAAUUAGAUACUGGUCAGAAUACCAAUGCGGAAAGGUCUGUAGAAUACUAGAUGAGAAAAGUCCUGAGACUGCACCACAUAAGCCUUAUGUGGCUUUUCGCUAUGCUAACCCUUUGACGGAGCAUACUUUAGAGAAUAUGUUAAAGGAUGGCGUUAAGAGAGCUGUUGCGUUUUCGCAGUAUCCUCAAUUUUCAUAUUCAACAACGGGCUCCUCUAUGAACGAGCUCUAUAAGCAGACACUAACCUUGGACAAGGACCGGUCAAUCGAAUGGUCUUUUAUUGACCGUUGGCCAAAGAAUACGGGCCUAACUGAUGCUUUUAGCUCUCACAUUGCCGAUAAGCUUGCUGAGUUUCCUGUUGCGGAUAGAAAAGAUGUCUUGAUAUUGUUCUCUGCUCACUCUCUACCGAUGGAGAUAGUAAAUAGAGGUGAUUCUUAUCCAGCGGAGGUUGCAGCAACGGUUUAUGCAGUUAUGGAGAAAUUAAACUUUUGUAAUCCAUAUCGUUUAGUUUGGCAAUCUCAAGUUGGGCCCAAGCCAUGGUUAGGUGGGCAAACGGCAAAGAUUGUUGGAAAGCUCGAGAAGAAAGAUGAGGUUAAGGGAAUUAUUAUUGUGCCAAUUGCUUUUACUUCUGAUCAUAUCGAAACUUUACAUGAGAUUGACAUUGAAUUAAUCGAAGAAUGUGAAAAUCCACAAAAAAUAAAGAGAGCCGAAUCUCUUAAUGGCAAUGAAAUAUUUAUUAAUGGUCUAGCAGAUUUGGUUAAAAGUCACUUAGCAUCCGGUUUGCCUUAUUCCAAACAACUUGAAUUAGAUUGCCUUUUAGGAGGCGAAUAUAGUAAAAGUGCCUUUAGACAUCCAAGUGACAUGUUUGGUGGGCCAAAGCCUAAAAUAUAA